CCCAAAUCCCUCUAUCCCUAUAAUUCCCCUUUCUUCGCAAGAGAGAAAAGAUCAGAUCCCUUCCCCCACCCAAAAACCCUAGCCUUCCCCUUCUCCAUCUUCAUUCUCCUAGCCGCCGACCCCCAUUCCCCUUGGUCAAUUCCAGCCGAAAACCUAGCACAAGAGAGACACGAGCAACAACCCCAUCCUUCCAAAACAAGAAAGCUCUCAGACGCUACUGCCGACGUCCAUGGCUCGCCUGAGCUCGGCCAAAUCCAGUCGCCACUGCUCACACCUUUUCUCCUCUCACCUCUCUUUGGACUCGAAGAGAGAUAUGGAAUUCUAAAAAAAAAACAGAAAGAAGAACUGGACAUUGGGAUUUGAAGAGAAAAGUUUGAUUCCUUUUCUUCCCGAAUUUCUACAAGCUGUCAAAGCUCAAAUUUGUGAUUCUUGUGUGCUAAUUUCUGUUGGAUCUGCGCUGCCGAGUUUCUUACUUUUUUUUAUCUCGCCUUAAAUGGCGUUCUCCUUGAGAUUCUGCACUUUAGGUAUUGGAACAUCCACCAUCGUGCAAAAUGAGGACCUUGAGGAGAUGCGGCAAAUGAUUCAACAACUUUCUAGGAACUAUGCGGAUGAACGAGAAAAAAGAAAGCAUGAAGAGAAGAUUAGAGACGCACUUAGGAAUGACAUCGAGCCCCUCAAGGCUCAAGUGAACCACUUAAUAGGCCUGCCCCGCUCUCCGCCAAAAAGCCACAUUUAUGAAGAGGAU